AUGCAGCCCUCAUUCUUCGUCCUCAUUUCCUCUGCAGUCCUCGCAUACGCCGCUCCUACGGCCGUAUCUCUCCAAGGUGUCCAGCAAAGCGCCACGGCAUACAUGCAGGCUGCACAGGCUAACGGAUGCAACUGGGUCGCUUGCAUCUCUUCACUUGCAGCUUACACGGCGGCUUGUGGUGCUGCCGCCCUGGAGGGUGGUUUGAACCCUAUUGCUGACAUUGCUUGCGCUGCUUCUAUUGGCAGUACCGGAACUGGUCCAUGCACGUCUUGCUUUUGA